GUUUUUGCGCGUCAUAGUACGUCAUUUUCUAGCGACUGUAUGUUUCCCAUCAACACAGACCAAAAAUAUGGCACUGUUUCCAGCCUUUGCAGGAGUUACCAGCGACAAGGUUGAUGAUUCACCCAAUGAACUGAAAUGGCUAAACAAUAAGAGUUUUCAGACCAGUGAUGCCCUGUCUCUUCAUAGUCGCUUCUUGGAGACGAAAAAUGAGGGGCUACACAAAGACUUGAGUUUAGACAGGAAAGAUGAAGACACUGUGCCAUCGAAGAAGAAAAAGAAGCAUGAAAAGCAUGGGAAAAAAAGAAAAAAACACAAAGAAAAAGUUAAAAGGUCAACAGAAAGCAGUGGAUCGGACUCUGAACCAAUCUUCCCAAGUGAUCUCAAGCGGAAACAAGAAACAGACCGUCCGCAGGCUGCUGCAAUUCCAAGUUCUUUCUCAUGGUUGGAUGACAUUCCGUCGCCCACAGCACAGCCAUUCUGUGUGGAUUCUAAAUCUGAUGCGUCCAACUGGACGUACAAGUCUCUGUACAGAGGAGAUGUAGCAAGGUAUAAGAGGAAAGGUAUUUCAUCACUGGGUCUGGAUCCUCGCAGACAAGAAAUACGCUGGGAGGACACGAAAAAGAAACAUAAAGGGGGCGACAAGAAGAAAGGAACAGACAGAUAUUUUUUUCCAGCGUGUCGUCUGCUGCUCAGGUCUCAGCCACCUCUCCAGACCUUACCAAGAGUUUGUGAAAGCAGUGAUGUCACCAACUCCAACCCUUUUCUCCCACUGGAAGACACUGUGGGGGAGAGAGAUGGACAGCCAGGUGGCAGAGCGCAGAUCUCAUCAGUGAAUCCGCUUGGCGUGUACGACUCCACCACUGCCCUCUGGCUGCAGGGGAAGGGAAAGCAGGACCCGACAGAUCAUCACGACAAUCACAACUCGGAGACAGGACAAGAAGCUCAACUUUUGACCGGUCAGACUGAAGAGUUCAACAGGAAAUUGAGAGAGCAACCCGAGGACACCCAGCUCUGGCUGAAAUUCAUUAGAUAUCAAGAUGAGUUGAGUGCCGCAGUAUUCGGAGGUGAGGAAGAGCAACAGGGCAAAGAGUUAUUGGAGCGUCGCAAGUCUUCUUAUAAAGCCGUGCUGGAGAAAAAGCUCAGCAUUGCCGAGCGUGCCGUGGCAACUAACCCCGGCUGUGUGGCUCUGCAGCGGGAGAGGCUCAGGAUCUGCCAAGAGCUUUGGGAACCAUCAGCUCUGGCUAAAGAGUGGAAGAAACUGGUCUUUCUCCACCCAAAUAGUGGCCCUCUGUGGAGGGAGUAUCUUCUUUUCACCCAGAGCUACUUCAGCAACUUCAGUGUGUCAAAAGUGAACUCUGCUUAUGGGAAGUGUCUCAGCAUGCUUAGUGCUGUCCGGGAUGGCAGCAUGGUGUCCCACCCAGCCCUGCCAGGGAUUGAAGAGGAUAUGCUAGAUAUCUUCACCAAGCAGUGUCAUUUCCUCCGUCAGUCCGGACACUCAGAGAAGGCACUCUCUCUCUUUCAAGCGAUGAUUGACUUUACGUUCUUCAAGCCUGACAGUGUACGACAACUUUCCACCAAACAACAGGUAAACGCACAAAUAAAGCACAUUGUACAUCAACCUAUGAGGAAUUAUAUACUGGAAGACGAGGAGGAGGAGGAGGAAGAGGAGGAGGUGAAGGACCGCAGCCAGCCACGGUGGACCGUGUGGCUGGAUGUAGAGUCAUCUCGCGAAGCUGCGCAUUGGUUGCCUUGGAGACCUGAAAAAGCCAAGGGCCAAUCAGAAGAUGACUGUGAGGACCCAGAGAGACAGGUGCUGUUCGAUGACAUCGGCCCUUCUCUCAUUUGCCUGUCCUCGCCAGAGCUUCAGCUCCGCUUCCUCCUCCAUUUCCUGUCAUUUCUCGGGCUUCCAGUGGACACUGUGCUAUCUGCUGGCUUGUGUCAUCCUGGACUGCUCUUGGAGGACCUUUCUCUGCUCACUCAGGGUAGCGACUCCCGACGAGCUCUGACUUCCCACAACCUGCCACGCCCCGGGAUGAACUCUGUGGGUCACAUGACCACACUCCAAGGAACCAGGAAAUGGGUAGGACUUGGAAAGCAGGGCGAGAAGUUUGUCAACGCGAUGUUCAAUAUGCUCCAGCCUGUUCUUCCGUCUGAACAACGAGCUGUCCUGUCGCUCAGCCGGAUGCAGUAUGAGAAACUCAAGGUGUUUCGUUGCCUGCACGGCAACAAAAAACGUUUACGCUCUCAGAGCAAAAUCAGCAAGCGGAUUGCCAAAUCACUGCUCAAAGAAGCCGAAAACCGCUCAUCCUUGGCAAUGUGGCGAGAAUUCGCCUUAGGUCCCGAGGUAACAAGUAGCGACUCCCGACGAGCUCUGACUUCCCACAACCUGCCACGCCCCGGGAUGAACUCUGUGGGUCACAUGACCACACUCCAAGGAACCAGGAAAUGGGUAGGACUUGGAAAGCAGGGCGAGAAGUUUGUCAACGCGAUGUUCAAUAUGCUCCAACCUGUUCUUCCAUCUGAACAACGAGCUGUCCUGUCGCUCAGCCGGAUGCAGUAUGAGAAACUCAAGGUGUUUCGUUGCCUGCACGGCAACAAAAAACGUUUACGCUCUCAGAGCAAAAUCAGCAAGCGGAUUGCCAAAUCACUGCUCAAAGAAGCCGAAAACCGCUCAUCCUUGGCAAUGUGGCGAGAAUUCGCCCAAUUAGAGUGGAUGCUCGGUAACGUCGAAGAGGCUCGGAAAGUGUUUUCUGCAGCCACGGCAUUGGGUGGGGCCAAGGGGCUGUGUCACCCCUCCCUUUGUGAGCUUUGUCUGCUGUGGGCUCAACUCGAGGUGGAGGAUGGAGAAAGUGGGCCAGGAGGGGUUCCCACCGACAGAGGUGCAUCUACCGCCGUUUGUGUGCUCACCACACUGACAGAGGGGCACGCCUUGUCGCCUUCUUCGUUAUCACAGCCCGUCUCCCCGGUUGCCAUCCUGAAGGCCAGGAGGUCUUACGAACAAGCUCUGACUGCCGCUUUGUCUGCAUUAAAUCAAGAUCUCUGCAAUCCUCAAGCCGACAAAAAAAGUCACGUGGAUGUCCGAGAAGAGAAGCUGAGAUUGAAAGGGCUGCUAGGCUGCUACGCUUUGUUCCAGUACCUCACCAUGGGGAUCAAGGCGGCAAGCGCAGUCUACAGCCAGGCCAGAGAGCGGAUGGACGAACUCCACCGCACAAUAACGUCUGACCAGAACUCUCGCGCUGAUGCCGACCACUCUGGCAGCAACCUGUUAGUUAGCAGGUUCGCUUACGAGUGUGAGACGGUGGCGGUGCAGCAGGCGUCGUUGCUCAAGUACCACAUGAGCGUCAGUGCAUUUCCACUGGCGACACUGAGAGACACACUCACCUCUGCCAUUUCGAGAUGGCCAAGCAGUGGCCCCCUCUGGAGCAUCUAUGUACAGGUGGAGAACCGUUACCAUAGUGCUGGCCGAGCACGUUGCUUUUUUCACUCCGUAACAAGGGACAACGAUAGUGUUGUGCCACGGCUCUUUGCUAUUGUUGCUGAACAACAAAGGAAGCAACUGGUGGACGCAGCACAGAGAUCCUGCGACAAAAGCGCGGCCUUGAGUGUCCUGCCAGAGAACGGUCUCAGCAACCGUAUCCGUGGACUGUUCGAAAGCGCCGUCGGAUCCGAGAUGGGCGUCCACUGUCCCUUACUUUGGAGGAUGUACAUUCACUACCUGGUGCUGUUCGAUGACAUCGGCCCUUCUCUCAUUUGCCUGUCCUCGCCAGAGCUUCAGCUCCGCUUCCUCCUCCAUUUCCUGUCAUUUCUCGGGCUUCCAGUGGACACUGUGCUAUCUGCUGGCUUGUGUCAUCCUGGCCUGCUCUUGGAGGACCUUUCUCUGCUCACUCAGGGUCGCGUGGAUGUCCGAGAAGAGAAGCUGGGAUUGAAAGGGCUGCUAGGCUGCUACGCUCUGUUCCAGUACCUCACCAUGGGGAUCAAGGCGGCAAGCGCAGUCUACAGCCAGGCCAGAGAGCGGAUGGACGAACUCCACCGCACAAUAACGUCUGACCAGAACUCUCGCGCUGAUGCCGACCACUCUGGCAGCAACCUGUUAGUUAGCAGGUUCGCUUACGAGUGUGAGACGGUGGCGGUGCAGCAGGCGUCAUUGCUCAAGUACCACAUGAGCGUCAGUGCAUUUCCACUGGCGACACUGAGAGACACACUCACCUCUGCCAUUUCGAGAUGGCCAAGCAGUGGCCCCCUCUGGAGCAUCUAUGUACAGGUGGAGAACCGUUACCAUAGUGCUGGCCGAGCACGUUGCUUUUUUCACUCCGUAACAAGGGACAACGAUAGUGUUGUGCCACGGCUCUUUGCUAUUGUUGCUGAACAACAAAGGAAGCAACUGGUGGACGCAGCACAGAGAUCCUGCGACAAAAGCGCGGCCUUGAGUGUCCUGCCAGAGAACGGUCUCAGCAACCGUAUCCGUGGACUGUUCGAAAGCGCCGUCGGAUCCGAGAUGGGCGUCCACUGUCCCUUACUUUGGAGGAUGUACAUUCACUACCUGGUGUCGGAAGGUAAGAUGGAUAACGCCAAGGGGCUCUUCUACAAAGCCUUGCAGAAUAUUCCCUGGGUGAAGGGCUUGUACAUGGAUGCAGUGCAGCUAUUUCCUGAGCACAUCCAGGAGUUUGUUGACCUGAUGACAGAGAAAGAGCUGCGAGUUCGGUUGCCGUUAGAAGAACUCGACAUACUGCUGGAAGACUGAAACAAACUCCCCCGCCAAAACUAUCAUUGGAUAGUCCAGCAGGAGAAAGACGUUGCAUUGAUUUCGCCAGAUGAAUGUGGAAUGCUAGUCUCUACCUGGACUUGAGAGGAGUAAACUAAAUUAAAACAAAACAAAACAUUUUAGCUGUUUUUUUUUUAGUUGAUAUUUUCAAUAAAUAUCAUUUUGUUUAUAAUUUGUAUAUGAAGUUUUGAUGUUUGAAUUGAUUAAUUAAAGUGUGAUUUUGUUUCUGAA